GAAAACAGUUCAGAAAAAAGAGAAAAGAAAACAACACAAUUCCAACGGAUAGGGAGAAGGAAAACGCAGAAGAUAAGGAGUUCCUCCUUCUGAGAGCAGCAAACUCUCUCACUUCAAUGACUUGAAUUUCCCUGCAAUAAACUCAACAAUUUACCAAUCUUACACUUUCUUCUUUUCUUCUUCAUCAUCAUCAAUCAAUGGCGUCCAAGGUUCUUCCACAGGCACUUCUUGUAAUUCCAUCGAAUCACUCGCUUCAAUGUCCGCCAUUGAAGAAGCAAUUAGGGUUUCCAAUUGACUCCAACCGCCGAUUUUCACUCUCCAGCAACUGUAGGAGUAAUCUUAUGGUUUCUAGGGCUUCAUCUAACUUAUUCAGCUCCAAUUUCAGCUCGAUUUUCUCUUUUCCGGCAAGAAAUUCUUUCGUUGUGAGGUCGGAAGCGGAGGAUAGCUCCGACGCUCCGGCUGAGAGUGUAGCUGUCGUUGCCGAGGAGGAAUUGCCGGUGGAGUCGGAAGCCGAAGCUGAAGAAAGGCCGCCGAGGCAGCAAAGGGUCAAAUUGGGAGAUAUAAUGGGGAUAUUGAACAAGAAAGCAGUUCACGCUGCGGAGGAGCUGCGUCCAGUGCCGGGCAUCAGGACUGGAGACAUUGUGCAAAUCAGAUUGGAAGUUCCAGAAAACAAGCGUAGGCUAUCUGUGUACAAAGGUAUUGUGAUAUCUAGGCAGAAUGCAGGUAUUCAUACCACCAUCCGGAUUCGAAGGAUCAUCGCUGGUGUAGGUGUUGAGAUAGUGUUCCCAUUGUACUCACCAAACAUCAAGGAAAUAAAAGUUGUUUCUCACCGGAAAGUCAGGAAGGCAAGGCUAUACUAUCUAAGAGACAAACUUCCCAGGCUCUCGACUUUCAAAUGAAAACAUAAAUUUUCCUGAAGCUUUCUCGUCCUGUGAGCCUUUCAUGCUUUUGUCAUUAUUUACGAUUCACAUAUUGUAAGAAAAUCUUCCUUUUUUUGUUUGGUAAGAUCUAUUUUCUUUUAGGGAAACUGUUGCUUGUAAGUUGUAAUUUUGGUGCCGAAAGUGUACUGAUCACCUUCAUAGAGAGUAGAUCGCAUUAUGCAGUGUAUAAUAUCUCCAAGAAUAUUCAUGAGGUUAUGCCAAAUAUUUGUUAAUGCAAAUGUAUUAUGCAUGGUUGAGAUGGAA